AUGACGCUUUUGAUUUACACCUGUGUUUUGUUAGUUACUUUAUUUAUCAAGGAAAGUUCGCUGCGAUCAAUCGAAGUUGAUGAGCCAUUUCUUCAGGCCCCUAAGUACACAAACUACGAUGAGUUAGUCAAACUUCUAGACAAGUUAGAAAAAACGUAUCCGGAACUGGCGAAAGUGUAUUCGAUAGGGAAAUCUGUUGAAGGACGGAAAUUGUUAGUGCUGCAGAUUAGUGAGGAUGUAAAGAAAACACACCCAGAACGACCAGCUUUCAAGUAUGUUGCAAACAUGCAUGGUGAUGAAUCAGUGGGGCGGCAAUUGAUGGUUUUUUUGGGACAAUACCUACUCAUAAAUUACGGCAAAGAUGACAGGGUGACGCGGCUUGUGAAUACUACAGAUAUUCAUUUGAUGCCUUCCUUGAAUCCUGAUGGUUUUGAAGAGAGUAAAGAAGGAGAGUGUGAGUCUUUACAAGAACCCAAUGGUCGGACCAAUGCCAAAGGGGUAGACCUGAACCGUGACUUCCCUGAUCAGUUUGACCGCAACCGGUCCAACGACGAUGCUUAUCUAUUCGGAGGGCGGCAGCCAGAGACUGCGGCUCUCAUGCGUUGGGUGCUGAAGAAGCAGUUCGUGCUUUCUGGCAACUUGCAUGGAGGUGCUAUUGUUGCCAGCUAUCCAUAUGAUGAUUCUAGCACUGGAAAAGAUUGUUGCGAAGAAAGCCGGUCUCCAGAUGACGCGUUGUUCAAGCACCUUGCUACUGUGUACGCGUCGAAAAACGCCGACAUGAAACGAGGGAACUCCUGCAAACCGGAUAAUUUUAAAGAUGGUAUCACCAAUGGCGCUUUUUGGUAUUCUGUUCAAGGUGGUAUGCAGGACUUCAACUAUGUCUAUUCCAAUUGUUUCGAAGUUACCUUCGAGCUGUCUUGCUGCAAGUACCCAUUCGCGAGUCAGCUACCGGAGUACUGGGAAACGAACCGGGAUUCACUGAUAGCCUUUAUAGAACAGACCCAUAUUGGUGUUAAGGGUUUUGUUUUCGACGAGGAUGGGUCACCUGUUAAGGAUGCUCAAAUUAUCGUCGAUGGCAUCAAACACUCGGUGAAGACUACUGAACAUGGUGCCUAUUGGAGAUUACUCUUACCUGGGGAAUACAACAUCACUACCAUAGCUUCCGGUUACAUACCCCCCAAGUCCGUGACGGUCACCGUGACUGAAGACGUCCCAGUAACAGUUAACUUCACUGUCCACCGUCGCUCACGUUCUCUCACCGAUGAGCGUAACAGGCACCCGCGUCACAACAUCGAUGGCCUGUCUCCAGCCGACUUCGUGCACCACAACUACGUCAAGAUGGAGAGCUACCUCAAGCAUCUGCACGAAGCGUACCCGGACAUCACUCGACUGAGCAGUAUUGGCAAGUCUGUGGAGGGGAGGGAGUUGUACGUGCUGGAGAUAACGAGAGAUCCGGGCAGGCAUAUUCCUGGCAAACCCGAGUUCAAAUACAUCGCCAACAUGCACGGAAAUGAAGUUGUUGGUCGUGAACUAUUGCUGUUGUUGGCCAAAUAUCUUUGCCAACAAUAUACUAACGGUGACGAGAGGAUCCAAAGGAUACUGAACACUACAAGAGUACAUCUUAUGCCCAGCAUGAACCCAGACGGCUAUGAGAUGAGUAGAGAAACAGACUACAGCAGCUUAAGGGGCAGAUCUAACGCGCACAAUAUAGACCUCAACAGAAAUUUUCCGGAUCAGUUUGGAUCUACAGAGGACAACCGUGUAGCGGAGCCCGAGACGGAAGCGGUGAUGAACUGGUCACAGUCGCUGCCGUUCGUACUGUCCGCGAAUCUGCAUGGUGGGGCGCUGGUGGCCAACUACCCUUACGACGGCAACCCCCUUAUGACCAGCGGCUCGGAGUACCUCACGCCUGAUAACGGAGUUUUCGUCCAUCUCGCCCACGUCUACUCUGAUGCUCACCAUAAAAUGCAUCUCGGACAACCCUGCAAGAACUUACCGGAGGAGAAGUUCCCAGAUGGAAUCACUAACGGUGCUAAAUGGUACGUCCUCGCCGGCGGAAUGCAAGACUGGAACUAUCUCCACACAAACGACAUGGAGAUCACUUUGGAGGUGGGUUGCUACAAGUUUCCACCGGCCGAGGAUCUACCGACCUACUGGGAGGAUAAUAAGGAAGCACUCUUGCAGUUCAUAGAGCAGGUGCACAAAGGGGUGCACGGGUUCGUGCACAGUCACAUCGGGCACGCGCUAGCGAACGCCACCAUCUCUGUAGCGGGCGUGCGGCACAACGUGCGGACCGCACACGAUGGGGACUACUGGAGGCUGCUUAUGCCCGGCACCUACAACAUCACCGCUGCCAAGGACGGAUAUGAAAGUGUCACGGAAGAAGUAACCAUUCCGGCCAAUGGCUCGGUGAGCGUCAACUUCACUCUUAUGGUGGACGACCCGCAACAUUGGUCUUCUGCCUACGACUUCCGCGUGCUAGAGAACAUAAUGAAUACGCGGUACCACAGCCCGGUGGAGAUGUACGCCGAGCUGUCUGAACUAGAGAACCGGUUCCCUGACGUCGCUGAGUUCAGGUCUGGAGAUGCGUUGCGCACAGCCGCCAUACAUCAACUGAAACUUACCGACCAGAUCGGUUCACCAGAGGAAACAAAAUUCCACAUUGCGAUCAUAAGUAACCUCUACAGCUCGCAACCCUUGGGUCAAGAGAUGCUUCUGAACUUCGCGCGCCACAUCGCCACAGCAUACAAUAUCGGAGAACCCAUCCAUCAGAAAUUACUCAAAAACGCCGUCUUGCAUUUCAUACCAAACCUUGACCCACUCUACACGAAAAUUCUCAAGGAAUACGAUAACACCGACAAGUGUGACUACAAACCUUUGGAAGAGGAAUUCGGCGAUAGCGUAUACAGUUACCUCACAAAGAAGAAUCUUAACCCGUUGUCGAAUUACACGCGUGAGAAGGCGUUCAUAAAUCUUCUAGAAGAGGAGAAGUACGAUCUGAUACUCGAACUGGCGUCCGGUACAGAAGACGUAGCGUAUCCAGACCUGUCUAGAGAAAUCUACGAGCAGUUUGCUAAGAAAUUCCAAGACAACAGAACGCCGAGUAAUCGAUACGAAUGCGCCGAUCGGAAUAUCGAUACGAAUCACGGGAAUCUAAUCGAUUUGAUCUCCGAGAGAUAUAACACGCCGAUCAUCGCGGUCGGAUUGAGUUGCUGCAAGAUGCCGGCACCGGACCUCAUCGCCUGGGUGUGGAGAGACAGCUUACGCGGGAUCAUGAAAUUUGUAGAGAUUGCCAACACUGGCGUGAAGGGCUACAUAAAGAACGAGGACGGUCUGCCGCUGCGGGAGGCGACGCUCGCGAUCCCGGGCUCGUCCCGUCAGUACCGCGUGUCGCGCAACCGCGCGCACUUCCGCGCGCUGCUGCCGCCCGGAGACACCCGCCUGCUGCUGCGCGCCAGAGGAUACCGCGACCAGAUGCUGACGUGGCGUGUGGUGGAGAACGUGGUGAAGCAGAAGGACAUUGUGAUGAAGCGCGUCAACGCAGAGCACAGGCCCCUGGCUGCUGUCGACGAGCUGCCCAUCGAAGACAACCCCAACAUCGUCUACAUCACCGGUCUGGCACUGGAUUACAACAGUCUACCGCUGGUAGGGGCUAAACUGUCGGUGUCGCCAUUGACAUCAAUUCAUCCGCUGGUCACCAACACCACCGACGCAGCUGGCAGGUUCCUCCUGUCUCUGCCCGUUACCUACAUGGGGAGGGAAGUCUUAUUGACAGUCGUUCACGAUGGAUACAUAACCCUCAAUAGACAUAUCAAAAUUAACAGCGAUAGUAACUUGACUCCGAAUGUGCUGUUCAAAUUGGAAAGGGACGACACUGUUUUGGGGAUGCCCCGACUUGUUUUUGUAAUGUUGUCUGGCGUGGUGGGCGUGGCACUGGUGGCAGUGGCAGCCUGGUGCUACGGCUGCCGGCAACGUGUGCGUGACAAUCGCCGCAACUACCUGUUCACUCACCUGCCGAACGAGGACAAGCGGCCGCUCUGCGAAAACGUGCCUUACGAUCUACUCCAGAAGCCGUAUUACGACGACGAUGACGUCCCGCCUUCUGAAACUGACUCCGAAGACGAGAUCGUACUGUUGAGAUCUGAUCGGGAGUGGAAGGCCGUCGAUCAAAACGAAAACUAA